AUGGACGAUCUUCGCGAGCAGGUGGAGCUUCUUGAAAGCAGCGCAAACCUCUCCACCAGCAUAAACGAUGUCCAGAAGGCGAUUGACAUGCUGAAUGCAGCUCGUGCUAAAAUCGCCGCUGACCCCAAGACGGCGCCCUUGACCCUCGCAAAGCUCCAGGAUCCCUUCAAAAAGACUCUGGACACGGCCCAGAAAGAUCUCAAGCCUAUAUACGCUGGCCUCGGACGAUAUGGCAAGACCUUGGACAGAAAAUUCAAAGACAAACCUCUCCCCUCCGCCGACAAUGACGCUCUCUCAUCACAUCCCUCGCUCAUCAACCGCGCCAUCGCCAUGCAUCUCCUCCGCGAAGGCCAGUUCGACGUCGCGUCCACCUUUAUGGAGGAGGCUGACCGCCGCCCGCCACGCCCUGAGCCUACCCUGAACACACCAAACCCGCAUGUGCAAGACUCUUGGGAGAGAGACUUGGCCGAGGGUACUUUCAAUUCGGAAAAGCUGCAGCAACAGUUCGCCGACAUGUACCAUAUUUUACACGAGCUGCGGGUCCAGCGGAAUCUCCAACCAGCAAUACAGUGGGCGCGAGAACGGAGCGACGUGCUGGAAUCUCGAGGCAGUAAUCUUGAAUUCAAGCUUUGCCGGUUGCAAUUUGUGUGUCUCUUUGUCGGCCAUAAUCAAGACAGCAGCAUGGAGGAGGCGCCUAAUGGCCCCUUCGCAGCUUGUGAAUAUGCCCGCCGUGAAUUCGGCCCCUUUCAAAAGCGGUAUGCUCGCGACGUACAAUCUCUCAUGGGCGCCAUGGCCUAUUGGCAAAACAUCCAAGACUCGCCCUACCGGCGCUACUUCCACAACGAUUCCGCCUGGGAAGAGGUUGCCCAAUCCUUCAACCGCGAAUUCUGCUCCCUUCUUGGCCUGAGCGCCGACUCCCCCCUCUUCAUCGCCGCGACGGCCGGUGCCAUCGCGCUCCCCUACCUGCUCAAAAUGCAAUCCAUCAUGAAAGAGAAACGUACAGAAUGGACGACGCAAAACGAACUACCCGUCGAAAUCCCAUUACCCAGCCAAUACCACUUCCACUCCAUCUUUGUCUGCCCUGUCAGCAAAGAACAAACCACCGACGCGAACCCCCCCAUGAUGAUGCCCUGCGGCCACGUCAUCGCCAAAGAGUCGCUCGAGAAGCUGUCCAAGGGUGGACGCUUCAAAUGCCCCUACUGCCCCAGCGAAAGCCACCCCCGCGAAGCACGCAAAGUAGUAUUUACAUAUAUCAACGUUUACCACUCUACUCUCCGGAAAACCUGCGCCAUGUUUGACCAGGGCGGGCUGGUGUCGGAUAUGCGCAUCUACGUUGCUUUUCGCUCAGUUGGAUAUGUCGAUGUGUGGGCUGGGAUUACGACGGACGCGAGGCUGUACCAGUUUCUCGAUACGUGUAAUUCCAUUGAUGUGGUGCACAGUGUGCUGUUUGCAGGUUCUGGGCCUGGAUCAGGCUUGAUUGUCGGGUUUGAAACGGAGGCGCGGAUGGAGGGCUGGGGAGGGAGUGAGGGUGAAACCACUGGAGAAGCCGAAUGGAGUACAGGUGAAACAACUGAAGGAACAGAAGAAAGUGAUGGAAGUGAAGCAAGUGCAUGA